AUGUUUCGAUAUCGACGUUACCGCGCCUUCCUUGUCUUUGCUGUUAUUGCUGUACUAGCGCUAUACAAAUUUGGGGGUUCAAGCGCGGCGGCAUGGAGAGAAGCUGCAUCGAACGCAGUUGGCUCAGCUGGCCUGAAAAGCGAUGCUGAGAAGGUUCCACAGGAGGACACUCCUCCGCGUCCCGCUGUGGCACAUGAGACGAGAAGUCUGGUGCUAGAUGUACCCGCAGCUAGUACUCCGCAAUCACUUCAGACGCCGCCUCCUGUGAAGACACCGGCUUCUUCGUCAACAUUGAGCCCUGCUGUCACCGAGCAGCAACAGAAGCCCUCUAUCCCUACACCCAUUCGACCACAACCACAUGGCCAGCCCGCCAUUGCGGACAACGCAUUAGAACCAUCAUCAAUUAUUGAUGCGAUUCACUGGACGAAACUUCCCGAACACUUUCCCGUUGCCUCCGAAUCGCUCAUCAAGCUGCCGUCUGGCACCCCGAAAUCCAUACCUAAGAUUCAAGCCAAGUUCAAGCCGGAAGAUGCGACAGCAAAGGCCGAAAGGAUUGCAAAACUGGACAAGAUCAGAAGUGUAGCAAAGAAGUCUUGGGAAGGAUACAAGGCAAAUGCCUGGUUACACGACGAGCUGCGGCCACAGUCUGGUACUUUCCGAGAUCCCUUUGCCCACUGGGGUGCAACGUUGGUAGACGCCCUUGACACUCUGUGGAUAAUGGGCCUCAAGGACGAGUUCGAAGAGGCUGUAAAGGCAGUGGACAGGAUCGAUUUCACCACGACCCCGCGCGCGGAUAUCCCCUUGUUCGAAACAACUAUUCGCUAUCUUGGUGGGCUGCUGGCUGCCUACGAUUUGAGCGACAAGAAGUAUAAGAAUCUGCUAGGAAAGGCGGUAGAGCUCGGCGAAAUUCUUAUAAGCGCAUUUGACACACCCAACCGGAUGCCUGAGACGUAUUAUUACUGGAGGCCUGAUUUCGCGUCUCAACAGCACCGUGCUAGCGCACAUGUUGUUCUGGCCGAGAUAGGGUCACUUUCUAUGGAAUUCACUCGACUCGCGCAGCUCACAGGAGAACACAAAUACUACGAUGCCAUUGCACGCAUCACGGACAACCUGGAGGAGUUUCAGGGGAAGACUCAACUCCCUGGAAUGUGGCCAACAUAUCUGGAUGCUUCCGGAUGCGGAAGACAGUAUAUCGAUAUGCCUCCCCAGGCGCCUCUCAAAGCUCCAGCAGGUUAUCUUGACGACCUGUCGUCAACUGUUGCUGAGCCUGCUACACCCUCCCCUACCGAGAUGCUUUCCCCAGAGGGCAAGAAAUACGUACCAUUAGACUUGCCGGACCCUGUCGUGCUUGCGCAAGAUGAUGUGCCGGCUGACACAGCUGCCAAGGAAGACUCCGUGGUUCCCGGUACCGCUGGAAAGGCAAAGAUUAAGGAUUGGGACGGUAGUGCAGUGGAAAAGCGACAGCUCGAUAUCGAUGAGUCUGAACCACCGAAAGCAGUGCUGGAUGCUCAGGUCGCCUCUUCGACUUCGUCCGCCUCUUACGCUAAGCCGACGCCCCCAGAGUGCAUACCCCAAGGUUUUGUAUCAAGCUCCAGCUACGGACGCGAAGAGUUCACGCUAGGCGGUAUGUCGGAUUCUACGUACGAAUAUCUGCCCAAGCAGUACUUGCUUCUUGGUGGCCAGAUUGAGAAGUACCGGACCAUGUACGAACAGUCGAUGGAUGUUGUCAAGAAACAUCUGAUUUUUCGACCAAUGCUACCAAAGGGGGAAGACAUUCUCUUUUCUGGCAAGCUGAACGUCCCAUCCAAUAUCGAUGCUACCAAAGCGGGUGACCUAACUGCUGAAAACGCACAUCUCACCUGUUUUGCUGGUGGUAUGUUCGGCAUGGGCGCAAAGCUAUUCGACCGCCCUGAGGAUCUUGAGAUCGCAAAGAAGCUUACAGAGGGCUGCGUCUGGAGUUACAGCAUGACUCCGACCGGCAUCAUGCCGGAAUCGUUUGAGGUUGCUCCAUGUGAAGACAGGAAAGACUGUACAUGGAACCAAACAGCGUACUGGGAGUACAUCGAUCCACGAUAUGAGUCCCGAAUGGAAACCUACAAGGAGCAGCGUAAAGUGUACGAGUCGCAGAUUGCGUCCGCUUCAUCAUGGUAUGAGGCAGAACUUGCUGCGAUGACCGCACCGCCUACCCCUGUUGUAGUUGCUGCGGUUGAGGCCCAGGCCACGUCUUCAUUGGUCUACGCAGAUACGCUGGAUAAGCGUCAGAUUAUCGAACACGUAGACGACGUAGAGAUUGCACACAUGUCAUCCGGGAUCGCCUCUGCAUCUGCGAGCGCUUCGCAGGACCACGAGUCGGUCAUGGGCGGCGAGUCCGAGGAGGGCGAGGGGCCACCCACCAAAGUUCAACCUGAUUCGAACAUUGCGGAGCUUGCGCCGCAGGCUAGUCUUACGCUGCCCAACUUCCCAUACGUCUAUUCGCCACAGCCAGUCAUGAACCACGAAGAUUAUGUGCAGAACAGAAUUCAAGAGGAUCGUCUGCCGCCGGGUGUCACAAGGAUUGGGGCCAAGAACUACAUUCUCCGCCCCGAAGCCAUAGAGUCCGUCUGGUACAUGUACCGCAUAACUGGCGAUUCACACUGGCGCGACGCAGGAUGGCGUAUGUUCCUCGCCAUCGACCAACAUACAGCCACUGAAUUUGGUAACUCGGCCAUCGACGACGUUACCAGACUGACGCCGGAGCUCAACGAUGAGAUGGAGAGUUUUUGGCUAGCGGAGACGCUGAAGUACUUCUACUUGUUGUUUGCCGAAGAGGAUCUGAUCAGCUUGGAUGAUUGGGUAUUGAAUACUGAGGCACAUCCUUUCAAGCGGCCGACAUAG